AUGAUGGAGAUCCGGCCGCCCCUCACAUCACCGGAUGGAUCCAGUAAUGGGAACCCACCAGAGAGAUGUCCCCAUCUUCUGUAUUCCCGGGACUCCACACAGGAACAUCAGGAGAUCCCUCAGGAGUAUCAGGUUACAGCGGAUGUAAACCAGAUUGAUGGUGAUGAGGAAGUAGAGACGUAUAUGAUGGGGGAUGAUCCGUGUAAGGAGGAGGACCUUCCUCCAGAGAUCAGCACAGACACCAGAGCUACUCAGAGAGACGUCAAAGCUGAGGAGGAGGAGGAGGAAGAAGAAGAAAUA